ACACGAAUGUACGUUAUUCAGAACAAAUUCCGCGAAUUAUGAUGUUGCUGCGACGAGUGGUGUGUUUGGCGGCGGGCUCGAGGCGCGCGCUCGCGUCGAUGCCGACGACUGUGACGGUGUCUAAAGCAACCGCCCAGGUGCGCCUUUUUUCUGGUGGCUCCGGGGAUGCGAAUUUUGUGGCGCUGCACCCGAGCGGCAAGCCGCACAUCACGAAUACCCCAGCCGCUCCCGUGAGCAACGAUUUGGAUGACUUGGAAGAUUUGGAUGACGACGACGCAGAGGAAACGGUGGCUAUUGGACCAUCAGGGGCUGAAUAUGGCGGGCCGACGCGUGGCGGUAAACUCAAGGAACCCACAAGGUUCGGAGACUGGGAGCGCAAAGGCCGCUGCUCGGACUUCUGAGCUCCUGGCAUCGAACGAGAAAGCCGAGUAGUAAAUCAUGCUUACGAUGCCCUGAAAAUUAGAAACCCUUCGACCAUGCCCGUGGUCAAAUCUUUUUGACAUGUUAAUCCGUAUUAAUACAUUCAGGUGAAGCAUCUUACGUCAAGUAAUAUCAACUAGCGAUGUCACUAG